AUGCAGAGGGAGGCCAGGAUAUCUUCACGGAUCAGUGUAGGAUCAACUGCACUGGCUUUCUGUGAAGAAUUCCUCUUUGUUGAGGAUAGUGCCAAUCUUCAGAAGUGGGUUUACAUAUCCGUGAAUGAACUUCUCUCAUGGCUCUGUGGCUAUCCUCCUUUCUAUGAUGAAAAUGACUCCAAACUCUUCGAGCAGAUCCUUAAGGCAGAGUAUGAGUUUGACUCUCCAUAUUGGGAUGACAUCUCCGAGUCUGCUAAAGACUUCAUUCGGAAUUUGAUGGAGAAGGAUCCUAAUAAAAGAUACACCUGUGAGCAAGCAGCACGGCACCCUUGGAUUGCUGGUGACACAGCACUCAGCAAAAACAUCCACGAGUCAGUCAGUGCUCAGAUUCGGAAGAACUUUGCGAAAAGCAAAUGGAGACAAGCGUUUAAUGCCACAGCGGUCGUGAGACACAUGAGACGGUUACACCUCGGCAGCAGCCUGGACAGCGCGAACGCCAGCGUGUCAAGCAGCCUCAGCCUCGCCACGCCGCUUCCUGACGCAGCCACAAGGAAAGAUUGUAUGUCUCCAUCCACUCUCUGUAGUUUUGUUUCAUCUGCUUCUUCAGGCAUUUCUGCAGUAGGAGGGGACCGGAGACCCAGACCCACCACAGUGACCACAGUGCACACAGGGAGCAAGUGAGAGCCGGGAUGGCGAGGAGCGGGCAGGCGGCUGGGCUGGCAGGUUGCCUCUGCGCGAUCCCACCCUGCGGUGCACUCUCAGCGAAGGACUAGAAGAAAGAAGAUUUUUUAUGGCCAUAUUUUAUACUGCAAUUCUGAAAUGUUUCAUUUAUCACAAACUGCAAUGACUCCAGGGGGAACGGAUCUAACAGUCUCUGGUGCUGUACAUAUAUAUACAUAUAUAUACAUAUAUAUAUAUAUAUAUAUGUGAGUCUAGCAAUGUUCUAACUAAUGAACACUCAUUCUUCUCCCCAGUGAUUUACUCUUUUCUCAUUGUAGGUAACAGUACAUGU